GAGUAAAUGAAUGGCUAGGUUGUAUGUGACCUGUCGGUAUAACGUGUAUUUCAUGUUAGCAGCAAUACCGUGUGAGAGAGAGAGAGAGAGAAGGAAAGAGGAAAAGAGAGAGAGAGAUUGAGAUUUUCAUGUUACCUUCCUCUUGCUACUGCCUUCUUCACCUGUUUCUCUAUUGUCAGCCCUGCCAUCCGAGACAGUGUGAGAGAGAGAGGGAGGGAAGAAGAUAGAGAGAGAAUAUAGAAAGAGAGAGAGAGAGAGGGAGGGAGAGAGAGAGAGAAUAUAGAAAGAGAGACUAGUAGUGACGACACCAGUAAGAGAGAUAACAACAGCCGAGAGUGGAAAGCGAAGCACAAUAAUCCGUUUUAAUUCGAGUCGGUCUUGUUAAAAGAGAACUGUCUAGUUGAAGGUUUGCUGACCCUCUCACCCGAAGAAAAACAAAAACUCCAACCGCUGUUCACCAUAUAAAAGCUGGACUUUAUGGUAGAAAUUACAGUUAUUAAAAAGGAAACAAAACGAAGGAAGGAUAACAACUUGUUAAUGAUUUCUUAGGUGAUUGAUUAUUUACUCGAAACUGGAGGGAUAAGAUUGCGUGCGUGUGUGCGUGUGUAUAUAUGUAUAUAUAAUAUAUAUAUAUAUAUAUAUAUAUAUAUACACAUUCAUUGGUUAUAUAUAUUUAUAUAUACUCUUUUUACAAUCAUGGCGUCUAGCUCAGUUAGUCAGGAAAGCUUAGACAGAGAGGACAUUGAUAUUAGCAACCGAAGGUAUAAGGUGCGUAUGAGUCGGCCAAGGGUCGCAGCCAGCAAAGGAGACAAAGAAGGAAUCGGUGACCAUUCUGUCGACACUCUUAGGGAUCAGAAUGGAGACCGCACAGACCACUAUUCCGGUACGGUCGGUGACGAUUUGGACGGAGUAAAUCGUGUCAUGGGGUCUCCGGCUACUAGCAGUACAACUACUACCGUCGGGGGAGUUGACCAUGAAUCGCCCACCCGGGCCGCAUCAUCCAGAGCUAAAGACAAACGCACUCGACCAAAUCAUUUACAUAAAGGGAAACCUCCAAAGGAUAAAAGGAAACUCCGCGAGAAACGUCGGAGCACAGGUGUGGUCCAUCUACCUUCUACAGAGUUUCAGUCAUUGGACUCUGGCCAUGCUGGGGAACAACCUUCAGAGAUUUUAGUCAAUCGUAUCAACACCAAUACUUGUUUCAGCCUGAGCACUGGAGAUUCACUUGAUGAUGAAGAUGAGGGUGACAAGAUUGCCUUAGAGACAAAAAGGAAUACCACGUUUAAUGAGGUAAUUCAUGCAGAUAAUCGGAAUUCCACUAUGGCAUCUGAUGACCAUGUCCCUAAAACAUACACUGCACGAAGAACAAAGAGCCCAUCUGAUCUCGAUGCUGACUUGGAAGAUAAUCAAGAUUAUGAUAGUGCAGUUAGCCAAUCAGAAACUAACCUAACUCUGAUUGGUCAAUCAGAGCCAGCAUCAUCAGGUGCUAAGACAAGUUACAAGCCCUACAGAAGUUCCCGAAGUCCUUACUCUCCACCCAGUUCUAGUUUCCGAGUAUUGGGGAGUGACCAAGAAUCUAAAACUCCUACUUGCUCCAACUCUUCUUCAUCCUCUUCUUCUGUGAUGUCCCGCUACAAAGAGAUUGAAUCUGGCAAGAUUCCCCGUGAGCCUACAUUACAGUCCCAGAUAAAAAAAAGAGACCUGCAUCAUUGUCCAGAUAGUGAGUACCAGCAUCCAGUUUCAAGUCAGUCCUCCCAAGUGCAGGACAGUUGGCAGUCACAGUCUACUUAUAACCAAAGCCAUCUGCCAUCUCUGAAAGAAAAUCCAAACUACAAUGUGAAAUCAUACAAAGAAAACUGGUGCCAAGGUUCCCAACAGCAACAAUCACAAGAAGAAUGUUCAUUAGAUAAGCUCCUCAACCGAGAGCGUGAAGAGAACCGACGCCUUAUAAAAUUACUUGAUGACAAAGAUCGACGGAUUGCUGAGUUAGAAAAAGAAAUAGCACUUCUGAACAAGCAACACUGACCAAUACAUGUGGAAUAUGCAGGAUGUGGAAGCAUUUGAAGAUGAAAAUGAAACUUUGCAAGUUGAAAAUCGGGCCCUGAUAAAUGCAUUUUCGCAAUUGAGUACCACAGUGUAAAUAAUGUUGAAAUGUGUAUAUGUUCUGAGUGUAUGUAGGUGAGAGAGGGUGAGAUAGAAAUGAUUAGCUUUUGCUCCUUGCUCUGCCUUUUUCCAACUUUAACUAUGGCCCUUCCCACAAUCUUAACAGUAGAAACAAUUAUUUUGGUUAAUGUGCUCUACCUAUCUAUCUAUCUUCCUACCUACUUAUCUAUCUAUCUAUCUAUCUAUCUCUCUAUGAAGCUCUGUGAUAGAUAUAUCACAGCAACUUUUAGUGCAACAUAUCUACUAUUCAUCAUGUUCUUGGGACAAAAACAGAAAAAACACCCCAGAAAAAUAAACAAAACAAAAACAGCAAAAACAAUUUCUAUUUUGUUUUUGGUUCUUUACACUUUCCAUCUUCUCGACCACCUCCACAAAAAUGAACAAAAAAAAAUACAGCAUAACAAACAAAAAAAGGGUAAAACCCCACAAAACAGCAAAACAAUAUCCAAAUAAUAAUUAUAAUAUUUUUCGUAUGUUUUGUUGAUUUUUUUUUUUUUUUGUCUCUAUAAAUAUUAAAUAUGAAUGUACGCCUGUUACAUUCUUUUAAAUCAAGUUUUAAUUUACCAGAAAAAGAAGAAAAAAAACCUUUCGAUGAAAGAAAAACUAUAUAACACCAAUGUCUGUGCUCUUGUAUUAUUUUCUGUAUUUGAAAGUUAACCAGUUAUAAGAACUGAAUAUUAUUGGGUUUCAGAAAAUUUUGGAAAAUAUCUUAAGAUGGCUUGAGUAUUUAAAUGUUUCCUUUUCUUUUCAACUUUAAGAUUUAUCAGUUGGAAUAUAUUACUUGCAUUCACAAACACAACAACCGUACAUACCUACUGCAUGUAUGUGUUCCCACAUUUCCAUACCAGUGCAUGUUCUCUAUCACACAUUCAUUCGUGCACCACACAAUUUAGGCAGUUAUUUACACACAAUCAUGACUAUAGAGAUUCUCAUUUGUCUUUUUAAAAAAAAAAAUUUUGGAUACACACACACACAUGCAUAUAUAUAUAAAGAGUUUAUUUUAGACAGUGUUUUGGUGCACUACAACUCAUUGGAAAACAGUAAAAGUGAGGACAAAAAGCCACAAUAAGUCAAGUAAGAAAGACAGCAUUAAUAGCCAAAACUGCAUGCAUUUUACACAGAAUAAAACACAAAAAGACAGUGAAAUGAACAGUAAGAAAAUCAUGAAAGGCACAUCAGUAGUGUUGACAAAUUUCAGGAAAGCAUGAAAUUUUUGAAGGAUACAGUGUCCUCACAGCAAUAACUGCCGUAGAUAAUUUAUGUGAAUUUUCAAAGAAAAAGAAAAUAUUUCAGUGCAGAAGAAAAUCUGUUAAAUGAAUACUUUUCCAAGAAUCUCAGAAUAAGGACACUACAAAAUUUUUAACACACCAGUAAACACACACACACAUACUUGUAUACACAAUUAUUUAUUUAGUAAAAUUUACAAUAAUUCAUGUCAUGAAAUUAAUGAAAUCCUGAUGGCAAUAAAUAGUCAGUAAUUUGAAAAGAAAGCCAGAAAGAGAAGCUUAAUUUAAAAUCUGAGUGAUUCAUAGCAGAGCUAACUCUUCCAUUGUAAUAGAGAUGCAGUCAGUUCCAUUUAUAUAUUUAUUCUAUACCUAUCUGACUUGCUGAAAUUUAUAACUACAGCCUAUGAAGUUUAUUUUUAAGAUAGAAUUUGAGAAAUUUGAAUAAAAAAAAAAAUCAUACAGAGACCUUGUGAAAAGUUGACCUGAAUGCAUUUUAUUUUUCCAAUUCUCUUUUUAAAAGUUUAAAAGUUUAAGAGUGUUUAGAUACUAAAGGAAGCAUAAAUUAUAAUUUAUAUAUUUUUUAAUGAAGGUUUCUUUUCUAAAUAAGUAUACAUACUUAUAUAGAAAAGAAACCUUUAUGAAUUGUGAUUUAUUUUCCUUUAGUGCUUGAUUGUAAAUUUCCUCUUUAUACUUUAAAAAAAUGAAAAUUGGAAUAUGAAACACCAGUAUUUUACUAUCGUUUUAAUUGUUAUAAUUUUCUUGAAAGAAAAUUUUUUUCUUUCCUAAUUGACCAAUAUCUCUUGCCAUAAAAUCAUUUUUUGUUGUUAGUCAAUAUACUGUGAUCGAUUAAGUAAUUUGGAUUUGUGUUGUAAAAUCUCUUCAAUGAAAGGAAUAAGCUAUGCUUUAUGAAGCUGAAAACUUACUUUAAUCCAAGAUGUUUCUAGUUAGUCAACUCAACCUGCUCUAUGUAACAACCAAAUCUCUAUUGAAAUGCUUGCAAUCAUUGUUAAAAUGAGAACAAUAUGUCUUGAAGCAUCCUAUAUUUGGCUGUAUUCAAUGAAAUUUGAUUUCUGUAUAGAUAAAACUCUGUCUUUCUAAAGUAUCAUCUUUAUUGUUAGUUGGUGUCAAAAGUUCAAAUGAUGUAUAAUUGUUAUCCCUUAAGUUAUUUAACAAUUACUCUUAUAUAAUGCAAUAUAGUUUGGUAAAUUCUGUUGCAAAAAUUGUAGGGUAAAGGAAGAACAAAACAAAACCCUUAAAUGUCAGAUUUCUGAUGAAUUCAUCAGUCACCUUGAUUGCCAUUGCAAUAUUAUAUCAAAUACACACACACA